CACUUAAAAGCUGUUCUAUAAAAAUGGGUUUUAAGAAGUGAUUUAAAAGAAGUUACUGAUUCUGCUGAUUCUGCAUAUUACACUCAAUACAGACUCUUACAAUAUUAUAAUUCCAGCGAAUGCUGUCCAGGUAACCUGUGGGGGAAGGGAAAGGACUAGUUGAGUUUUCUUUUUGGGAAGUGUUUCAUUUUGCCAGACGAUGCCGUGUCGCCGUCGAGCUGCCGAGUCGCACAACGACCUGAACUUUGUCGAACUGUCGAGAAUCUUUCUUUGACGAUUGUCCCUUUGUGCUUUUCUCUUUUGUCCUGUUUUAUUGCUGCAUUGUGUCGGACUUCCUUUCCGGACUCUGCAUAGCUAAGCUUUUUUUUCACAACCAGUGUUUAGUCUACAUCCAUCACCUUCCUCUGUGUUCUGUUUGUUGCAUGCAUCGCUGUGUGACCAAUGCAAUUGUACAGCGCUUCCUUCAAGGAACUGUGACACCAAAGACUCUCACGUGGCAGGGUGCAGAGCGACGCUCUCUCAGCGGGAACGAACACGGAUCACGACAGAAUAGUUGUGACCGCGCUGAAUCCCCACGCUUCAUUUCCACUCUCCGCCGGCCGCUCAGAACGCUCAGCCGGCACUGACCCCCUUCUCGCUGACUGUUGCACGUGGACCUGGUUGUUCCCAGCGGCAGCACGUUCACGCUGAGAAGAUCCCGUUCCACGUCCUCCCAAAUGGUCUUUUAUUGGAUUGAGAUAAGGGGCCUUGGCAGGUCGAUCUGCAGGCUGCUAAAGUAAGAUGAGGUCAAGUGUAAUUUACCGCAACAUCUUCACACAAUCAACAUAGGAAGCAUAAAAGGGUCCUUAUGCAUCAGCGCCGCCACCCGUCUGCAGCUUUGACACCUGUGAUUCAUGCUGCCGACGGUGUCUUCAGAGGCUGGCGGGCACUUCCUCCAUCGAGAUGCUUCACUCUUCAGUUAUUCCACUCUGAUCCUGUCCCUGAUGCUCUGAAAUGCCCCCUGCACGGUUCCACAUCGCUGUUAUUUUAUACAUACGUGGAUGUGUGUUGCUCACCUAUUAGCUUGAUCAGAUUUCUUAAAGUAACAUUAUGCAACAAUUGUACCUUAAAAUAACAGCUUGAAAAAAAUUGGGCCGCUACAAUGACUUUUAAUAUGGCGAUUUGCGGCUCCGCCAUCGGGGGUCUGUGGGGAAAUAACUCCGCUAUGUAGGAUUCUGGAGCCGCCCGAUCCGGGGCGGAUGGACUUCGACCUGCUUUCUGGCAGUGAUUACGCAACGUCAUAUAGUGCCAGUCCACGCUCGCAGCUCCAGUAUAAGGGCGAAGCAAGCGAAGUCUCUUGUCAUGAAUUACACGGUCCAAUGUAAAUUAUGAAUAUGUCGCUUUUUGGUGUUGUCAACAAUAUUGUAUUCGAUCACACGUACUCCACAUUCAAACAUUUAGAAAACAACGUAUAUAGGCUGAAAACGCGAUCGGUAUUUCAUCUAAACUAAAUGUUGUCAUUCUUUUGGUUAUGUUAGCAUUCAUCUCCGAUAUCACAAUGAAUAAAACUAUGCAGUCAUAUUUAUGUAAAAUCUUUGAAUAUUCUUACCUUAUCGGUUGACAUCAUUUCUUCUUGGUUUCUGACUUCGUCUGGUCGUCAAUGCAAGUGUAUGCGAGGCUGCAUCUAUCGUAAUUGGGUAUUUACGACACUGAAGUAAACGUUAAAUACCUCCAAAACUGAAGGGGGCGCUAAAAGGGAAAAACUCCAUUAUGGGGCUUUAAGCAACAUCAAGACUUUUUUGGCAGGGUAUCCCUCUCACACACACACACACACACACACUUAUAUGUAUUCUAAAGGCUUGGACACACACGCUACGAGCUUCCAUGUAAGUGCAGGGCCUCAUCCCAGUGUGGUGAUGUCAUCAGGGUUUUACUGAGGGAUUACUCUGACAUCACUGGGACUUCUGUCAAGUUAAACCAAUUAGCUCCUGCGCGUGUUAGCGGCGCGCCACGGCUCGAGCUGCGGACGCGUCCAUGUGCGAUCGGGUGUUCUGCGUCCGGUUAUCCUCCACCCGUCCUUCUCUCCGUUCGUGGGAUCAUUAUAAAACGGGCCGCGGGAUGUCGAGUCAACGGCAGACGUUCGAAAGCGUCGCAGGACUGGUCCGCAGCCCCGGUAAUGAGAAGCGGCAGCAUUCCAUGAUAUAAUUACUCAACAUGUACCGCAGGCCCACGAAGGGACACUCAAAAGAACAUUUCAUGUGAGUGGACUCGGCACGACAGAUCUCAUGUACAGAACCGGUGGUCGGUGGCGUGGUGUGAUCUGCAGCUUGAGCUUCUUAAGGAUGACGCCGUAGCUCUCCCAGCUUGAGUUGCAGCAGGGGGCGGGGCUUAGCGAGCGGUCCAUCCAUUGCUGUUCUUAACCCGAGAUGCAGCGGUUCUGGUCUUCUGGCUCUGCGCCUCAGGGACGCCGAGUGACGUCAGACUGACGGAUCUCUGGGUUUGGAGCAGCAGGAGUUGAACUCUGGAGACUCUGCGCAGCGGAGACUGCCCCCUGCUGGCGGCGGAGAGCAGUGAGGAGAUGCGUCCCUCGGAGGGAUUUAGAUGUGUCUUGAUGGCAGUAAUCAUACACAGAUCGCCCGCUACCGCCACGCCUGCUCCAACGGCUCAACCUACACCACGAACAAGCCCAUCGACAUCAAGCCUCGUGGCAGGAAAGGUUUCGACGUGGACAAUGGCACGUCGUCGGGCCGCAGCCCCCUGGACCCCAUGGCCAGCCCGGGCUCAGGCCUCAUCCUGCAGGCCAACUUCAUCCACAGCCAACGGAGAGAGUCCUUCCUGUACCGCUCCGACAGCGACUACGACCUCUCGCCCAGGUCCAUGUCCCGAAACUCCUCCAUUGCCAGUGACAUUCAUGGCGAAGAUAUGAUUGUAACGCCGUUUGCACAGGUUCUCGCCAGCUUACGGACCGUACGAAACAACUUCGGCGCAUUAACUAAUAUACAGCAAGACAGGGCAUCCAAUAAGAGAUCACCCAUGUGUAACCCACCACCCAUCACCAAGACCACCUUUACGGAGGAGGCCUACCAGAAACUGGCCAUUGAGACCCUGGAGGAGCUGGAUUGGUGUCUGGACCAGCUGGAGACGCUGCAGACAAGACACUCUGUCAGCGAGAUGGCCUCUAACAAGUUCAAAAGGAUGUUGAACAGGGAGCUGAGUCACCUCUCAGAGAUGAGCCGCUCUGGGAACCAGGUGUCUGAGUUCAUCUCCAGCACCUUCCUCGACAAGCAGCAUGAGGUGGAGAUGCCCACCCCUCAGUCGCAGAAGGAGAAGAAGAAGAAGAAGAACAAGCCCAUGUCUGAGAUCAUUGGGGUGAAAAAGCUGCAGCACUCCUCCAGCCUCACAAACUCCAGCAUCGCUCGCUUCGGAGUCAAGACGGAGACCGAGGACGAGCUAGCGACGGAGCUCGAGCACGUGAAUAAAUGGGGCCGUAACGUAUUUAAAAUCGCAGAGUUCUCCGGGAACCGGCCUCUGACGGUCAUGAUGUUCACUAUAUUCCAGGAGAGAGACUUGCUCAGAACAUUUAAAAUUCCAAUCGACACCUUUAUCACAUACCUGAUGACCUUAGAAGACCAUUACCAUGGCGACGUGGGCUACCAUAACAACAUCCACGCCGCUGACGUCACCCAGUCGACUCACGUGAUGCUCUCCACCCCCGCCCUCGAGGCCGUGUUCACAGACCUUGAGAUCCUAUCUGCCAUCUUUGCCAGUGCGAUCCACGACGUGGACCAUCCCGGCGUCUCCAACCAGUUCCUCAUCAACACCAGUGUAAUUGCUGGAGUUAAAGCGAUGCUCGGUGUGCUCCGUGCAGAUUCAGAGCUCGCGUUGAUGUACAACGACUUGUCGGUGCUGGAGAACCACCAUCUAGCAGUUGGUUUUAAGCUUCUACAAGAGGAGAACUGCGACAUCUUCCAGAAUCUACCCAAAAAACAAAGACAAUCGCUGCGAAAGAUGGUCAUCGACAUUGUUCUAGCAACCGACAUGUCCAAGCACAUGAAUCUACUGGCCGAUCUGAAAACGAUGGUGGAAACCAAGAAGGUGACCAGCUCUGGGGUCCUGCUGCUGGACAACUACUCCGACAGGAUACAGGUUCUCCAGAACAUGGUGCACUGUGCGGACCUGAGCAACCCCACCAAGCCGCUGCAGCUGUACCGGCAGUGGACGGACCGCAUCAUGGAGGAGUUCUUCACCCAGGGCGACCGAGAGAGGGAGCGAGGCAUGGAGAUCAGCCCGAUGUGUGACAAACACAACGCCUCGGUGCAAAAGAGCCAGGUUGGUUUUAUCGACUAUAUCGUUCACCCUUUGUGGGAGACCUGGGCGGACCUGGUCCACCCGGACGCGCAGGACAUCCUGGACACGCUGGAGGACAACAGGGAGUGGUACCAGAGCACCAUCCCCCAGAGCCCGUCUCCCACCCUGGACGACCCCGAGGACGGCACUCGGCCCCCGGGAGGGGACAAGUUCCAGUUUGAGCUCACCCUGGAGGAGGACGGGGAGUCGGACACCGAGAAAGACAGCGGCAGCCAGCCGGAGGAGGAGGAGGAGGAGGAUGACGAGGAGGAGGAGGAAGAUGAAGAUGAGUUGAACAGCUGUACUGACUCUAAAACGCUCUGUACGCUGGACUCUGAAUCAACAGAGGUUCCUUUGGACGAACAGGUGGGGGUGGAUGAAGAGGAGGAGGAGGAGGAGGAAGAGGCGAAGACAACCUGCACACAAGCGUGUGGCGUGGAGGACGGAGUAGCAGAGCAGGAGGCGGGAGAGGAGGAGGCCCCGCCCACAUAGCAGUUCACGGACAGCACCUGACGAACUGUUCUUAGUAACGACAGAUGGUUCUUUACGGAGUAUUUGUUGGUUCUGUGGAGUCCGUCUGUGUUUUUGAUACCUCUGUGUCGACGGCUGCUCUCCACCUCGGCCUCUCCUCCCGUUCAGACGCGCCGCCGGUACUCCUUAGACCUUUUUUUGCACUCAGGAAAACUCCUCUUCAUUCCCGUCCGCGCCGAAGCGGCACGUCCCGUUCUCUCGGCGGGAAGUUUAACCGCGUUUAAUCAAAGUGCCCGUCCUCUAGAGACGGCCAUCGCCGUUUUUCAAGGAGCGUCCCCACCUCGGCCGGCCCCUCCCCUCUGCAGAGGGCGUCUCGUCGCCGCGGAGACGGGAGCCGCGGCGCACUGGAGUCGUGACGGAGAAGUCUUCCUUGGAAACCGGACUGAUGCGAAGCUCAGAUCCACGCAGCGACGGCGCCGUCCCAGACCUCUUUACGUUUUGUAUCGUACUGUACGUGAGAUUCAGAUAUUUUCUAGAAUUUACUUUUUGCAAUCUGAGGCUUUUCCUUUCGUCGGCAAAGAAGAUGAGAUCACUUUUGGAAACCAGUGGCGAGAAACGUGUCCCAGAUAUCCAGUGUUUUGACUGGAUUACAUUCGGAGUGUUGGAGGUCACGACUAUCCCCACGGAGACGCGGUUAGUCUGAUGAGUCACAUUUAUACAUAAUACCUAUUGUUUGGGUAAUAGUUUUCACUGAGAAAGGUUCAGGAACCUUGCGCUUUACUCUCAUUGAGCCAGUUCAUGCUGUGGAUGAAGCCUUCGCGUGUUCUUGUUGUUGCCUGCAGUUCCUCUGAACGCAUCCUGAGACAAUGCAAUGCUUUGUAGUGGAUACAAAAAGCACCUUUUCUUCUUUUUUUUUAGAAGCUCUAUUCGUGUUCAGAGUAUUCCGAAAUAUUAAUGCUGUUCAAAACCACUGGUGUGAUUUUAUACCAACGUCAUGAGAGAUUUUUACUGUCCUUCCUUUUCACCAACAGCUGCAUCCCUGCUUGUUUCCAGCCACUUUGGUUUCUGUUGAGCGGCGUCAACUUAUUUCUCAUCUGAAUAAUUCUUCGCUUUUCCGCCGCCGCGUUGAAGCCAGUCGCCGUCUCCGUUGUUUCCACAAGACAAUCAGCUCCGCUGUCGUCAGACUCUCCUCCACGUAGAUACUCUAAUGCACUGAUAUGUAUUCAUAUAUCGCCGCUUGAAUAUGUUCGAUAUGUUUAAACUCGGCAAAACACUCGCUCAUGAAUACCCGUGCCGUCUCACACCUCGGCCAAGACACUCUUCCUUUUUCUAUGUUUCUAUCAUUCUUUUCACUUUACACCUGAUGCUAUUAUUUAUUGGUAUAUUUUUCUAUUUGUCGUUUUUGCAAUAUAACGGUGGUACAGUAAAUAUUUAACUGUAGCAUAGACCACAGUACAGGCUUGGCUGUGACAAUACCCAAAUAUACUUCUUUUUUUGUUCUCGGUGUGUAAAUAAAAGAAAAAAGAAAAAUUAACAAAUGUAUAAAAAAAACUGACAAAAAAACAACACUUGAAAUACUGCACAUUGCUUUUUUUUUAAAGAGCUUGUUUUGAUUGUGUUAUUUCCAAAACGUUUUAUUUAAUCUUUCAUUUCGUGCCAAGACUUCUCUCUUUUCUUUCAGCCUCACCCAAUGCCCUUACCUGUAAUAAAAUGUUCUGGUUUUAUCGCUGUUUACAAAACAUAUAUUUAUUGUGCUGUAUAUAAUAUAGUUAUUAAUGUUAUUACUAUCAUAAUGCCGUUUGUUGUAAAUGGUUGACUCUGAUCAUCCCUUUUGGUGAUGGCGUGGCUGUAUUACGUACCUCUUGGUGAGAGUUUAUUACACUCCAGUGUAAAAUGAUCCAUCGACAUGCUGCUGACCCGAGGAGUCGCUCGGUGCAGAGAGGGGGAAAGCCAAAUUGUUUUCUAAAAAGAAACUGUUCCUUGGCCCAUGGGCUGUGCCUUAAAUUCAACGCAUGUCAUUUAGUUUCCUUUGUGUUUUAUCUAGUUCUGUUUGCUGCAUCGUGGUGACUCCUGCGGCUCGGGCUUGGCCUGGUGUCACGUGGUACAUUUGAAAACGUUGCCUUUUUUUUAACUCUCGCAGCCAAACACACGUUCGCUCUCUCCAGGGAAGAGAAGGAGAACACGUGGUCCGCGUGCAGCAUUCAGGUCAACCGCGAGCCGUAGAGGCGCGCUACCGGAGAGACGCGCGCGGCCUCCGGGUGGCCCGGUCGGAGCCUCCCUCGCGCCCCGCCCACUGAUGUGACUCCGCCCACGACACGGCGGCGACUUUGUGUCCGCCGCGUGCACGCGGGUCGAGCCACAGCUACACGCACACACACACUGAAAUGGGGCGCGGCGGGAGCGCGCAGCCGGACCGCAGCCGACGGAGCACCGAGGCGUGGAGGCACAUCUGCAUGUUCAGCCACUGCUGCAUUAAUUACGGCUGGAACACUGGCGGUGUGUCGCUGAUCUAAGCCCCGCCCACACUUCCACUCGCAUUACUCGCAAUAUCCAAAACCACUGACAUCUUUCUGCCUGGCCGGGAGAAGGUUUCGUAUAUUUCUGUAGUGGAGGGCGGGUCGGGGGUUCCGGGCGGGUCGGGGGUUCCGGGCGGGUCACUGUCCCGACUCGGGACUCUUAUUUUGACACAUACUGUAGAUUCUAAACAGCCCUGGACCAACGGAAACAGUGGGUUCUUUUCUCAUUACGUGUUAUAUUUUUUAUGGUAUGAAAGGAAAACACAAACUGUAACUUAAAAAAAGGUCUUCAAGACAAUUAUUUUUUGGGGUUAUGUCUUUAGAAUGCCAACUUGUCUGUAAGUUUCACAAGACAAGUCAAAUGUUAUUUUAAUGGAUUCCUUGUUCUUUGCAGUCUAUUGGAUAGCACUGUAGAUCAUACAACUUUAUGUAGAAAAAACAAUAAAAAGAAUGGGAAAAAAAAGGUUUUAUAUGCAAUGGAUUAAAUAAAAGCAUGGGUUGAUUCUGCCUA